AUGACCGAGGUAUCCUCCACCAGGCUGUACCUGGGAAACCUUCCACGCAAUGCCACCAAGGCCGAUGUCGAGGCCCAUUUCGCGACCCAUGGCACCGGCGAGAUCACUGAAAUCAAGCUUAUGAACGGCUUCGGUUUCAUUGAGUACAAGGAUGCCAUGGAUGCUCGCGAUGUUGUUCCAGCCAUCCAUAUCCUUCCGGUCCGGUCCGCUAACAGUAACGUCAUGACAAAAGAUGGAUCCGACUUUAUGGGCGAGCGCUUGACUGUACAAUUCGCCCGUGGAACCCGGCAUCGCGAAGGCGGUAGCGGCGGCGGCUUCAACAAUGAGCGCGCUCCCCCGAGACCUCGCCGCACUCCUCAUCGGAUGCAGAUCACGGGACUCCCCACCGAUACCAGUUGGCAGGACCUCAAAGAUUUCGCUCGCCAGUCGAGCCUCGAUGUCGUCUACUCUGAGACCGGCCGCGACGGCAAUGGACGGGGCUUCGUUGAAUUCGAGACCGCUGCCGACCUGAAGACCGCUGUCGAGAAGCUCGACGGGCGCGAAUUCAAGGGAAGCCGCGUUACCUGCGUGGCUGAUACUCAACCAGACAUGCCACCCCGUGACUUCCGUGGCGCACGCUCGCGAUCACCCGGCGGACGUCGGCCGUACCCGCCGCCGAUGGAUGACUACGACCGACGUGGGCCCCCUCGGGGCUACAGUCCGCGCAGAGAUGGGUACCGCGACGGAUACCGCGAGCGCAGCCCCCGCCGUGAAUACUACGACGACCGCGCUCGUUACCGAUCGCCUCCUCGUCGCCCUCUUGACGACUACCCUCCCCCGCGAGGCCGCUACGACGACCCGUACCGUCGAGACUAUCCUCCCCCGCCCGACCCCUAUGCCAACAGCGGCAGACCUUACGACCGCCCCCCGAGAGACUUCCCUCCUAGAGAAGGAGCGUACCCUCGCGAAGGGUACCCUCGCGGCGAGUAUGAUCGUGGUGGCCGUUACUGGUAA